CCGAACUUGCACGAACGUGGGAUAUGCGUCGCAUCGUGGAAUCGGUAUUAAACGUAUAAAUUUGUGUCUUAAAUAUGGUCUUAAAAAACAACUCGAAGGACAUGUAAAACAAGUAUUUGUGGUUUGUGUAAAAUAGUUUAAUUUAUCGUGGCCUAGUGUAAUCUACAGACUUGUUUUUUUUUUGUAAAGCAAAUUACACCGCAGUUGGGAUUGUCACAUUGUGACAAGCGUUCGUUAACAACGAACGGUGAGGUUAGGAUUCGCACUGCUCCAGUCAAUACCAUCUCCACUAUAUUUUCCAGGCGAAACUAACCCAUCCUGAAAUGAAUCUCACAUGUACUAUCUGUAGUGAUGGAAUCGUUGCAAGUUCCGAGAUUUAUGCAACCCACUGUGGUCAUUUAUUUCACUAUCCGUGUUUAAUACAGUGGAUUGAAAGGUCGAAAACAUGUCCCCAGUGUCGUUACAAAACUACAGAAAAAAAUAUGCAUCGCAUUUACUUAAAUCAUACAAACUUAGAAUGUAGUGGAGACGACUUUGCAACGUUACAAAGUAAAUACGAUAAUGUUCAGUUUCAAUUAAUGCUUAAAGAAAAGGAUGUUAAAAACCUUUCAGAAAAGUAUAAUCGAACCAAGCAACAGAAUAUAACAUUAAGGGAGACGAUUAGCGAGUUAGAAGGUAAAACAAGAUCAUACGAUUCUGUGAUCCACAAUUUAAAAGAUCAAAUAUCAUUUCUUAAGUGUAAAGCUAAAGAACGGGAUAAAGUAAUGGAUGAACUAACAAAAUUUAAAACAAAAUUAAAACAAAUGGAAAACAUUGAACUAGCGGUAAACGGUUCAAGAGAAGAAGUGACUGAAAUGUUGAAAAAUGAAAACGAUGUGGAUUCAUUGGUUAUUUUAGUAGCAACAUUAAAAAAAGCCUUACUUGAUGUGGAAAAAAAGAAAAUUAACAUGGAACACAAGUUCAAACAAUUGCAAACGGACAUAACAAAAUAUCGCAAGGAAAUUACUUUUCUGGAAACAAAGAAUAAAGAAUUACAAAAGAGGGUUGAUGUAACAGAUUCACUGUCUGUGAGAGAAAUAAAUUCACCUCGGGUAAUUACAAAUAAGUUGGAGGAAGUUCAUCCAGAGGUCGGGUCGGCUAAGAGAAAAACGUCAUUUGAAAAUCAAGGUGGGCAGAAUACUUCAUUGGUGGGAAUGCUGCAUUCUGAGAAAGAAAAAACUGUUAAAACUGUGGGAGUAAAUUCUCCUUAUUUGAAUAUUAAAAAAGGCUGUAGUAGUUUAGAUUUUCCUUUGCAGAAGACAGGCUGUAACGUCAAGACAUUAUCUCGUGAUAAACAGGUAUCAAUAUUUAAAAAACCAAAAUCCAACAUCAGUACAAUUGCAUCAUCAAGAUCUGAGAUUAUGAUGUACAACGGAUUAGGAGGACAAUCAAAAGAAGAUGUAUAUCCAGCCCCAAAUUCGGAAUUAAAGUACAGGAAUACAGGAAUUAAAAGAAAUAGCAUUGAUGUAGGGGCGUCGUCUUCUAAGUUUAGAAAAGUGAAUUAAGUUAUCACAUUAAUGAAAUCAUUCUAAAUGUGUGACUAAUAUAACACUGAUUUGUAAAGAAUGUUACAGUUAAUAAAUUAUACGUACGA